UGGGUCCCAGAGCAUAUUAGCGGCCCUGUCGAGAAUGAAAUCGAGACUGCAAAAUAUGCCUUCCUACUUCCUACUGUAACGCCGGGUGUUAUGUGUUCAGGGGCUAUUCCGUGGGCCUUGUCACCGGGCAGCACUGUUUGCGCAGAUUGUUAGCUUUGUGAGAGACUGUUCAAACUGAAGGGUGGUGGACACACUUGUUAUAUGAGACAUGGCACAGCCGUCAGGGGGUUCCAGGCUGCUUACCACAAGCCCAUUUCCAGCUAGAGGAAAGACUGCGAGAGGAACUUCAAGAGACUGACUGUGGUGUAGAUGGCUAUAAUUUGUUUUCAUCAUGAAGAAGCAAAGAAUCAAAAGAAAGGAAAAGAUUCAUUUUGCCCGGUUUGUUGUUGAAAAUGGUGGCUCAAGAGACACGUCAACGCGUGAAACAAUUACAGAAACUCCCAGAGAGGAAGAAGAGAGAAGUGGGAACAGAACACUUUACAACAUCACUUCUCAAACGAGACCGGCACAGAACACACUGUUGAGAUACGCUCAUCGAGGGACGACGUCACAAGUGGCUAGCUCAACAACAACAAGUGACAGUGAAGGGCAUGUUGCUCAAGUAGACGGCAAAAACUUCCAGUAUCUAAUGGACGUCUACUUGUCCAAAUAUGAAGACAUUGCAGAUGCACAGUCAUCGAAUUUCCCUUCUCUGCGAUGGAGACAAAUAGAAGCGACAUUCACUGCUACACGUGGAAACCCCUUAUCGUUCAGGCCCACCUCCCACAGACAGACGUCCUGGUGUGGGCCGACUCCUCCGUCCGCUUCAACGACUCAGCCACAGACCAACUGUUCGCCCCAGUCCUGGACACAGGAUUCCUCAUUACUCUGUCAGACAGAUAUGGUCGUCCUGUGGCCCACAACACAGCCUCGGACACGUUCCGCUAUUUCGGAAUGGACCCUUGCUCUGUAGCAAACUUCCAGGAAAUGGAAGCAAGUUUCAUGGCGUUUCAUAAUGAACCAUUUAUUGAACAUGUGCUCGUUUCCAGUUGGGCUUCGUGUGCUCUCGACCCUCUAUGUAUGUGCCCUAGAGGGUCGCUCGGCAUGUUGCACUGUGAUGGGGGGCUCAGGAAGUAUGCAAAAUGUCACCGAUUUGAUCAGUCAGCUAUUACUUUAAUUACCCUAGCACUAUUUCAGAACCACUAUUCAACAUUUUUCUUUAAUCAUUCGUACUUCCAAAUAAACCGAGGACACAAGUCAAAAUAUUUUCACUUCUUGGAAACAAAUGUGGACAAAAAGAUAUGAACAGUCUUUACUUAGUAAGUUAGAGAAAUGUGGUAUUGGUAAGUUGGAAGUUAUGCUACUUUAAAAUGUCAAUUGAAUACGCAGGUACAUAACUAUUCUUUGUAAAGUGUGUGUGAGACUGUGUAUUUAUUGUGAGUGCAUGUGUGUGAUUGAGUGAGUGUGAGAGUAUGUGAGUAUGUGUGGGUCUGUGUGUGUGUGUGAGUGUGUGUGUGUGUGCGUGUGCGUGAGAGAGAGAGUGUGUGUGUGUGUGGGUGUGGGUGCAUGUGUGCAAGCGUAAAACAGACUAGAACUACAGGUUAUGCAAAUAUACAAGUCAAUGGUGUCAAAAGACAAUAUUCAUCACUAUCACGCUAGUUGUUUUUGUUUUCAAAAUUAUAAUUACACACGUUCUUUUUGUUUUGUUUGCUUUUUUCUGGCAAACUGUGUUGUUCACCUUGGAUUUGUGCAUUUUUAGCAAACACUGUGCAAGUAGCUGAGAAUAAAAAAAGAGAAACUGCAUACGGUACCUCUCCGACACGAUGGUGUGAAGUUUUUAGUAUAUAUUCUAAGUAACCCAUUUAAUAAAAUGCAUAAUACAGAGUUUGAACAGUAUCUAGAGAACCCUAAAUGGGUAAUUAAAACAAAAUUAAAGGGGAAAACCACACCAGACUAAGACUAAAGCUCUCUAACAGACACCAACGAUAAAAUAAAUAGGUCUCUGUUCAGAAUUUCAUGUUUGAGAAUUUGAAUGGAUUAAAUUUAGCAAAUGGGAUCUUUUUAAUCCUUUGCAAUUAAAACCAAAAUUCACAGACAAUAAAAUGGAGGAUAUAUAUCCCAAAAGCUGAUAUAAUCCCUUUUCUGUUUUUGACCCUUUCACUAUUCCCUUGUACUUGUCUCCAUAAAUUAUCAGAGAAACCCUGAGGUGUGGAUAUAAUAUAAUGAACUGUCCUUGGAUACAAAUCUUACUGCCAAAAUGUUGAACCAAAUACCAUUGGUGAAAGAGAAACACACCAGCCUUCAAAGAAUGAAAUGCAACAGGAACACAUUGUACGCUACUACAGAAAUACAAAAUUAACAAAACCAAAAUAUCAAAAUAGAGCAAAGUUUUAUUUUUGUAGCCAAGAAAUCAAUGUUCCCACAAUUUGUAAGUCAAAGCAAAAUUAUAAACAUGUAUGCAUUAGGGGUUAGGAAACGAAACAACAGUGCAACAGGACUGUCAAAAACAGAAGCAAAGAGAAAUCAAAAGAGGUGAAAUGUAUACAUGAAAUAUUAAAUAAUAUCCACCAUACAGAGGCAAACAAUAAAUGUGAGAAUAACAUUCUUGUCAGUCCACUAUCAGUCUAUCCAGAAUACAAAUAUUUUCACUUCUAUUUUUCAGGAGGCUAUGUGCAUCUGCCAAAGAGUAAUAUUAAUAUAAUCAAUACAAUGUUCGUAAACAAAGACCACAUUUAAAAGGUAGAAAAAAAAAACUCUAGUGGUUGAGACUUGUCUGUGAUUUUGCGAAGAAAGUAAACAAUUUAAAAACAGAACACAAUGACACACACAGAAGAGCUACGGUACCACAUAAUGGAAGGUAUGAAGAAACUGAACAAGCAAAAUUUCCCAGUAAACCAGGUUCUGCUUUUGCAAAGAAAAAAUAAAAUAACUGAAACAAGCACUAGAAUAAUCUAGGUCACCAUAUUCUCACUUUGUCCCACUUGCAAAGUAUACAGUCUCGCACACACAUAGGCGGCAGCAAAAUAGAUGAGAUGCAGUAAUCUUUUUGUAAUGUACAAAUUUCUCUUGGAACAUUUUUAACUCUUUUUCUUCUUCUUAGGAAAACAAGGUUGGGCAGAGUCAAACCUAAAAUGUGUGCAAACCAUAUGGAGUGGUUUUAAAAGUUAACAAUUCAAUUUUACAUUCCAGAUCGUCUUCGAAGGAGGAAAAUGUGGAUUUUAAAUAAGCUUCUUUCUUUUUCUCUCCAAAGCAUUAUCAGAUCAAUAAUGUCAACAGAGCUCGACAACAAAAAUGUGAUCUCUUUCAUAGAUCUUCUGGUGACUUUGACAUUUAUGACAUCUUUUUCUAUUAAAUUCAUCUAUACAGAAAGGAAGCCAACAAGACUGGAUCCCUUCAAAAGAUCUAGUGAGAAGGCAACAGGGUGAAAAAGAAUAGCCUUUCAAAGAUAACAACCUGAUGCCCUUUUCAAUGUCCUCAGACUCAAGUCAAUUUGAUUUGACAGGAAUAAUAAUACUGAGAUGUUUGCAUUACACUAAUUCAAAUAAUAACUUUCAUUUUCUUUUAACCAAAAUCUAAUGUCCAAUUAACAGUCAAUUAGGCUGCUGAUAAAACAAUUUUUGCAAUUACUGUGUUCAAAUUUGAGGAGGGGGGGGGGACAAAUUUUGAGUGGACAUAACAAUUUUCAAUGAAAAUGCUGUUCAAUGAGAAACAACAAGAUUAGUUCCUUUUACCUAGA